ACACAAAACUAGGCGGGCCAUUAACCGUGCACAUUUCAUGACUGUAUUACGCGCACGUGUAAAGUGUAAACAGUGUCAAAAUCCUGAGUCGUUUAUUAACCUGUUAACAUCGCUCAUGUCGGUAGCAAAUUAAGUAGAAUGUGUGCAGCAAAUGCGUCGAGCAGUCUAGGUGUGGACGUCUCUCUUGAACGUAAUUCGCCACAUUGUCCUCAUGGUCCGACACUCCUCUUUGAGCGCUACACAGCCAAAGGCCAUCACAAGAGACAACGGUACUACGCCUGCUCAGCGUGUCGGGACAGGAAGGACUGCAACUUCUUCCAGUCAGCUGAUGAGAAGGUGUCCGAGGCUAGGUCAAAGGUCAGAGAGGAGUAUAACAGGGCACAACAGCCAUGGAAGAGCCAUGAGGACUUUUACCAAAGAAUGGAGGCCACAAACGACUUGAGUCCGCAGAAAAGGCGGUUCUGCCAAGACUGUAGCUUGUUACUUCGUCUGAGUGAAGCAGGGGAACAUGCUGAGCAUACAGUCAGAUCUGGACUGAGCGACGAUGCGCUGAGGCAACCAUCACACCUGUUGGUUCCUCUUGAGAACAGCAAAACAAAUGCUCAAUAUCUAUUUUCAACAAAGUCUACUGAGUUUCUGAUGUCUACUGUCAAGAAGUUGGGCUUCAACCGUGUGUUAUGUGUAGGAGUGCCAAGAUUACAUGAAGCAAUCCAGGCAAAGCGAUCGUGUGGUCUAAGCAGUCUUCUACUGGACAUCGAUCACAGAUAUGGUCAGUUUUACCCACCAACGCUGUUCUGUCGUUACAACAUGUUCAACCACCACUUCUUCGAAGGGGAACCAAGCCGGGAUGUAUGCCGGGAGUUCUUGCAUCGUAACCAUGGUGAUGAUGUUGUCGUGGUUACAGACCCUCCGUUUGGGGGGCGGGUGGAAAUUCUGGUGGAGGUGUUGAAGAAGAUAAUGGAAUUGUGGAAAGAAGGUGCCGAUGGGCCUGACUCGCCCGCAGAGCUGCCAGUCAUGUGGAUCUUCCCUUAUUUUCUGGAGCACAGAAUUUUUGAAGGUCUUCCGUCAUUUGUCAUGCUGGACUACAAGGUCGAGUAUGAGAACCAUCCACUCUUCCAAAGCAGCAAGAAGGCAUGUAAGAAGGGCUCCCCUGUACGAAUCUUCACCAACAUCAUCCCCUCCAAAAUAGUCCUGCCUGCGAGUGACGGUUACAGGUUUUGCGAGGAGUGCAGCCGUUAUGUAUCCCCUGAGAAUGUGCACUGCAAAGACUGUAAGAGCUGCACCUCCAAAGAUGGAAGUACGUACACGCACUGCAAGCUGUGUAACAGAUGCGUCAAACCAGUGACAGUGCAUUGUUUGGACAGCCUUCUCACUGCUCGGAAUCAGCCCAACUUGGAGAAACGGGUUUUACCCUUGUGUUUUGAAAUCAAUGGUGCUUCAUUAUCCGUGACUGCACGGGUGCAAGUGAGGUAUCAAUGGAAAGCAGUUUACGUCCAUUGCCAGUCCUGCCAGCAGUGCGCGUUACCGGACCACCAGUGCGACCGGCAGAAGGACAAAGUCGGCUGCCAUAUAUGCGGCUCCUUGGACCACAAGAGGAGAGACUGUCCCGAGCAGUUUAAUAAAGUGUUCAGACACAAGAAGAGGAGGAAAGACUCUUCAUAGCGUCUGGUGUGUUACACAUUCAGCGAUUCGAAGCAAACACGAUGAAAGCCAGACAGAAGACUCUCGACGCCUGUAAACUGAGAGGAAAAAAAGAUUGAUUGGUUGAAUACGAGAGUUCGCUUUAGUACGGAGUCCUUUACAGGUAAUGGACACCUUUUGCAAAUGGAACUGUCAAAAUAUCAUGAAAUAUUGCACUUGAUUGUAAAUAAUAGGAUUAAGCAUCCUGUGAAAUCAUUGCACCUAGAAUGCUGUCAUUGUUUAGUAAAGAGGAUUUGCCAUGAUUUCCUCGCGGUAAUAGAACCAAGCCGUAACAAGAAAAAAAACAUUUUUCCGUUUGUUUUCUCGAAAACUGUCUCAAAUUGACCAAAUUUAGUUUAGUUUGCAGUCGGUUGCAAAUCCUUGAAUGAGAAUAAUUUUCCCGAGUGAGAAACUGGAGAUCAUAGGCCUUUUUUUUGGAAGGUAGGGCUUUUCGGAAACAUUGCCUACGUCGAGAAAAGUAAAGAUGUAUUUUCACAGUUUUUUCAAAGUAUGAUAUUUACUGAGCUGAAAUUUCCACAGGUUAGUGUUUUAAUAACCUGCUUCAGAUUCAUCGUAUGGUGCAUCUUUGUAUCGGCCGAAACAACGUUAGCUUUGCGAAUGGUAUCCAUUAUCUUUAAAGGAAAUUGACAGGGUGUCCAAUCAGACAACACUGUAUAGCCAGCCAAUUGAGUUGUUGAAGUAGUUGCUGGGAUACGGACUGAGUGGGCAGUCUGGGAACAGUAAUUGUACGAAGACAAGUGAUGGAUGGUAAAUGAAUACAUAAUGACGCGUGGCGAUGUCACUUUGGCGGUCUCGAACACUUCCUCUAUUUGCUGGUUCACACGCGCUGUUCUUUUUGAGAAUUUGAUAAUUGUACCAGAAAUUGGACGAAAUAAUCUGAUGUGGUUUGGACAGAACAAUGAAUUGUCCUGUCUGUGUUAGGGCACUCGGCCUGCGUGCUCGCGCAGCGCAGAUAGCAUAAUAAUAUAGAGUGCAAUGGAAUGAUUUUGCGCGUUCCGCGUCCGUUUGUAUAAUGUGACAAUAUUUCACAAGCUGCGUUGACGCAAUUCUACCGCGAUUGGUCAAUUAUCAAUGUACUGUAUGCCUGUGUUUUUCCUUUAAAUAAAAUAUCACAAUUAUCUAUAAAUGUGAUGUGAAGCCUAAACGUAA